AUGAGCAGUUCGCCAUCUCGGGUUUUGGGGCUACUUGCCUUGCUGCUGAUCGGAGUCGCAAAUGGCGCUGAUUACCGGCUGGACGGCAGCGUCGUACCUUCGAUCUACAACCUGACCAUCGGCGUUCUCGGGGAUUCCGCGGAGCCCACGCUCUUCGAUGGCGAAGUGAGCAUAACUCUGCGGGUGGUCUCGCAAUCGCCGCUCCAACAAAUCACUCUACAUGCCGACACACUGGAAAUAUCGGAGUGCUGGCUGUUCGAUGCCACAGGUGCGCUGCUGGAGGCCAUCGAUAUCGGCCGGCUGAUUUACGAGGGAGCCACUCAACAGGUGACAGUUCCGCUGACGCAGGCCGUUCAGCCUGGCCAAAGCUACACGCUGGGGUUCAAGUUCACCGGGCAGAUACGAACGGAUAUGGCCGGCUUGUUCUCCGCCAGCUAUGAGGAGAAGGACUCCAACGUAACCAGGUGGAUGGCCGUCACCCAGAUGCAGCGCAUCAACGCUCGGUUGGUCUUCCCCUGCUUCGAUGAACCCGCCAUGAAGGCCAAGUUCCAGCUGCAGAUUGUCCGGCCGAAUGGCUAUCAGGCCAUUGGAAACACUAAGCUGAGGGAAACCACAGCGAUAAGCCAAAAUCGUUAUGUGGACCACUUCGAGGAAACCCCUGUUAUGUCCACUUAUCUGCUGGCUUUCAUGGUGGCCAAUUACUCUGCCCGCGGAAACGUUAGCGAGUUUGCUGUGCUGACCCGCCCGGAAUUUUAUAACAACACCGAGUUCAGCUACCAAGUGGGUCAGCAGGUGGUGCCAGCCUUUGAGAAGUUGUUCCAGCUUCCGUACGCUGAAUUGGGCAAUGAGGUUCUUCAGUAUGCCAGUUCUCCUAAAUUUCCUCACAACGGCAUGGAGAACUGGGGGCUCAUUAUCUACAGCGAUGCCGUCCUAGUCCAGGAAGCUGAAUACUCAGACGAUUGGUCGGAUAAGGAGUUUGCCAUUCGUAUUAUUGCUCAUGAGACUUCGCACAUGUGGUUUGGUGACAGCGUCACCUUCUCCUGGUGGAGUUACUUCUGGCUAAACGAGGCCUUUGCCCGCUACUACGAGUACUUCAUGGCACACCAGCUGUAUCCGGAGUAUCGCUUGGACGAGCAGUUUGUGGUGCGCCAAAUGCAGCUGAUCUUUGCAACGGAUGCCAGGAACAGCUCCCAACCCAUGACCAGUCCGGAAUCGGAGAUCAACACACCCAACGAGAUCGCCUACAAGUUCAGCGGAAUCGCCUAUGCCAAAGGAGCUUGUAUUUUGAGGAUGUGGCGUAAUCUCAUGGGGGCAGACAACUUCGACACUGCCAUCAGGAAUUACCUGAAACAAUACCAAUCGACCAACACAGUGCCUAAUAACUUAUUUUACCACCUCUUUGAGAACUGGCCUAAAAAUCAGGAUGUAGAUCUGCAACACUUUUUCGCCGAUUACACGGAGCAAGUGGGUUAUCCCAUGCUGAUAGUGAAUGCUUCCCUGGAUAACCAUUGGGUGUAUAUACAGAGGCAGCGAUUCUUGCUCGACCCAGAGGACGGGAGCAAUGCCACUCUGAGAUACACCGUGCCGAUAACCUAUACCACUAAUCUGGAGCCGAAUUUCUAUAACAUGACUCCGAUCAUAUAUAUGCACAGGGUCGUUGACAUGUAUCGCGCAUACUUUGACCAGCCCAUCGAUUGGAUUUUGGUCAACCUGAGGCAGUCAAACUACCAAAGGGUUCUUUAUGACGAAACCCUGAUGAAAGGUCUUAAGGUGGCUUUAACCGCAUCGAACCACAGUGGGAUACCCGUGGAGAACCGGGCCCAGAUCAUCGAUGACCUCUUCAACUUCGCAGAAGUUGGCUACAUUGAUUACGCGGAGGUGUUUGAGUUCCUGGAGUACCUGAACAAGGAGGUUGACUACGUGCCCUGGUAUGCUGUCUACGAGAACCUGAACCUGGUUGCCCAGCGAAUGACCCCUGAUCAGCUGCCCAACUUCGGGAAAUAUCUUUCGGACGUUACAAAAGCGGUUUUCGAAAAACUGGGAGUGGGAUGGAGUGCGCAGGAUUCCCCGCUGGACGUGGCCAACCGGAAUAAGUUGAUCAAGUGGCUGUGUAGAUUCCAGGUCAGCAGUUGCAGGAACAAGGUCAACGUUCAGUUCGUAACAAAUCCUGAGAAACCAUCUCCGGAUUACCGGGAAACCUUCUACUGCGCAGCCAGUAGUAGCGAUUUUAACUCAUACACUACGGUUUGGGGACUCUACUACUUGGAAACUCGUCCCAGCGAGCGGGAAAUGCUCUGGUCCGCAGCCAGUUGCACAAGUGAAUACGAGACUCAUUACUACAAGAUGAUCAUCGCGGGAGCGGAAACCGUUGAGCAAAAGAAGAUCGGUGUGGCACGGCUGUACGAGCAGAAUCCCCAUUUGGUGGAGCCCAUCUUUGAAAUGAUAACUAAGAACGUCACUGAACUGGCAAUAUGUUUGGACAGCUGGUCGGAAACGGCGGAGGUAAUCAGCGACAUGGCGGAGUACUUCACCACUCGGAAGCAGCAGCAGUUGUUCAAGGAGUUCUACGACGGAAACUACCAGCUCUUCGGAGACUCACAAACAGUUCUCUCGAAAGCUGUAGAAGCCGUGGAGCUGAACCUUCAGUGGGCCGAAAAGCGACUCAACAGAUUGGCCACCUAUUUGGACCGCAAGAACGGCAGUUCCAGCCAAGGAGCGACUUCCAUGGCGAUGGUUCUGUUGGCAGUGGUGUGCCUGGUGGCCUGGCUCUGAUUAGCUAAUAAGUUGUGGGGAAAUAAAGAGAUUGCCGUGGUCAUGCGCUGCGGGAGAAAUGCC